AGUGCACAUACUACAUUCACUGCCAUAUAGUUGCUUAUAGCACAAGUUCCUUAGCAGACUUUUCGAUUGCGUGCUCGGCAGCCCGCUGUACUUGUUGCGGAGCCAAUUUGCAGUAGCCAAAGCAGCCAUGCUGCAUCUUGAAGCGUCAAAGCACACCGCCCGCACGUCGGCGCGCGGCCGGUUCGGACUGGCGCCGGCGCCGGUCCGCCUGCCCUGUGCGCCCGCGUCUCGGCCCGCCUCGCUCGCGCCCUCGCUGCCCCUCCGCCACGCCGCUUCCCUGGCGCCCAGCUCGCACCUCCCUCUCCCCAGCACCUCGCCCCGCUCUUCCGUCGUGUCGGCCGCGUCGCACGGCGCAUUGCCUGAGUACAAGCUGACGCCGGCGGCCCCCGCCCGCCUCGCCGUUUUCGUGUCGGGCGGCGGCAGCAACUUCAAAGCCAUCCACGCCGCCAUCCAGGACGGCCGCAUCAACGGCACCGUGGCCGUGGUGGUCAGCGACGUGCCGGGUUGCGGCGGCGUGACGUACGCGCAGCAGCACGGCAUCCCCACACUCACCUACCCGGUGGUGAAGAAGGGCGACUUCGUGGGCCAGGGCCUGACGGCGGCGCAGCUGGUUGACGGCCUCAAAAACGCCUACAAGUGCGACUACGUCAUCCUGGCCGGCUAUCUGAAGCUCAUUCCCCAGGAGCUGUGCCGCGCCUUCCCGCGCGCCAUGCUCAACAUUCACCCCGGCCUGCUGCCCAGCUUCGGCGGCAAGGGCUACUACGGUGAGCGCGUGCACAAGGCGGUCAUCGCCUCGGGCGCGCGCUUCUCCGGGCCCACGGUUCACUUUGUGGAUGAGGAGUUCGACACCGGCCCCAUCCUGGCGCAGCGUGUGGUGCCCGUGUUCCCCACCGACACCCCCAAGCAGUUGGCGGCGCGCGUGCUGAAGGAGGAGCACGCGGUGUACCCGCACUGCGUGGCGGCGCUGUGCGACGGCCGGAUAGGCUGGCGCGAGGACGGCAUCCCCAUCUUGUGGGAGGCCAAGUAGAGGGCAGGGCGUGGGAAUGGGAAUGGGAUGGGAAGGACAGCGGUGAUGGGGUGAUGGGGUGAGGCGGGCAGCGCGGCGCCAUCGUGCGGGGAUGGGGCUUGGGAGGGAAGGGGGUGGAGGAUUUGGGGGGAGGGGGCGCAUGUAGAGGCAGCCGCGUGGUGCCGUUUGCCAAAGGCGUGUGUGAGUGAUGUUGCGCGGCGACUGGCGAUGGCGGCCUAGGAUGUGAGGGUGCCUUGGGCACAUGGAGGUGGAGGUGCGAGCGACCGUGGUGGAGCGCUCGGAACAGGCCCUGGCCCAGAUGACGAUGAUGACUCCUUACAGCGGCUGUGUGGCGCGCGAAAUAGAGGCUGUAGAGUGUAGGUGUGUCCUGCACGUGUGGUGCGACAUUCCUGUGGGGCCAGCGGAGGCAGCUUAUUAAUGCAGCCCUGCAGGUGUUGGCGGGGACAUUAAGGAGGGGGCCGGCUGCGACACCUUGGUAAUGCAGCCCGCAAAGGCACAGGGAGGGGUAUCGGCGUGUGGAGCGGCUGGGCGGCUUUGUUGGUUGACGUGCUUGGCUGGCGUGUGGUGCACACCCUGCACGUUGCGGGCAGCUACCGGAUUGGCGCCGCACAAGUAGAUUGCAUGAGUACAGGACAAUUAGGCAAAGGCUUGGCGCGCGUGUCGCUUUGGAUGCAGCUGGAUAUGAAGCCUGGACGCAUAAGAGGCAGCAUGGUCUGACACUCUCUUCGGCACAGACUAACAGACACUUAAGGCGGCUGGCCGAGUGUAGGUUCUGCCACCGAUGUGAGCUUGAGGACACGGCUGGUGCUGUAACAGCCGUAAACA